AUGGGUCAAGAGCAAUCAAAAUUAUUUAAGCGUCAACCUUGUACCUUACAAUACAAAUAUGAUGAUCAUGAUAUAUCAUUGAAAUUCGACCCUAAAGCAAAGGUGGGAUACCAAAAACCUUUGCGAUUUUAGGAAAUUGUACAUAUAAAUCCAGCAUUACGAGAUUUGGAUAAGGAUAUCCUCAUCUAAUUGCAAUUUUUACAUGAGCAAGCACUCAAAUUAAUCAUUUUUGAGAAAUUAAAGAAAUGCGAUGAAUUAGUGAUAUUGUACUAAGCUACCAAAUUCAUUGUUAAUUGUACUUCAAAUGAGUGCUUGGAACUUAUUAAUACUUUUAAUAUCAUCAACAUCUUAACUUAAAAGCAGGAACAGGACUUAGACAAAUAAAUAUUGAUUAUUAUUAUUAUACACAACAUUGUUGGCAAACUACCUUCAAUUAUAUUGGAAUAAUAAUAAAUAUUAUGGCUGAUUAGACAUUUGAAUCCUUAUAAUGCUCUAAAUGUUGCUUUAAUUUUAUAGAUAUUAGCAGAUAUUUGUGUAAAUCAAGAUAAAUGCAUUGAGAAUAUCAUUGAAAUUCUAAAUAAACUCAAGGAUGAAGCCAAAUGGAGAUUUGCCACUGAACCCAUAUUCAAAAUCAUGGAAGUCUAAUAAAACAUUUAUCUAAUAAGAGAUGCAUGCACAUUUAUAAAUGCUUUAGCAGAGACUCAUUCAGAUGACGAAAUGUGUGAAUUGAUUAAAUAAUAAAUCCAGCAAUAUGGUCUAACAGUAAUUUAUGAUGAUGUAAAGCUAAAACUCAAAAAUUAAGAAUAUUAAAUAUCUCAUUGCUCUUAUGAAUAUGCUAUGCAAUUUUUGUAUGACUAAAAAUAUAUUCCGCAUUACUCUCAAGUUGAUAACUACUAUUUCAACAAUCUUUAGGAAUUUGAUCCCAAAAAGCCAUUGAUAUUUAAAUAUGGAUACUUUGAUGAAAUUUUUAAUACAGAUCCAGACUAUUUUGAAAUGUAAAAGAAUCAACUUUAAGUUUAAUUGGAUGUUUAUGAUUAAUUCAUUUAGCCAGCUUUCAAUCCAAAUAAAACUAUGUUGGAAAGGUAAAAUCCCUUAUUUUUAUCUACUAUAACCAAAAAAGGAAGUGAGGAGGGUUUAGUUGGUGCUUUGAAAGGAUUAUGGGAAAAUAAACCAAGUGAAACAACAAAUUAAUAGAUUAUAUUGAAUGCCAUCAAAAAGGCCAACUCAUUGCCUGAAAUACAAGAAUUACUUGUUAAAUUGAAUGAGGAAUCUUCUGGGGUUUCUGUUCUGUCUAGAUUGAUCGAUUUGUUAACAAGAAAAUUGGAUCAGAUUAUGGCAGAUUAAAAGAAAAGAGAUCAAAUGAAGAAGGAAAGGGAAGAAGGAUAUAAAUAAUAAAUUGCAUAUUUACAAUUAGAAAUUAAACAGAGAACUAGCUAGGAAAGUUAAAGAGAUUUAAAGAACCUUAAUGAAAAACUAAAUCAACUCAUAGAUGAAAACAAAAAGUUGCAAGAUCAAAGCUAAUAAUACUCUUAACUCAAAAAUAAAUUCUAAGAUAUGUCAGGUUAAUUGUUAGAAGCUUAGAAGGUUAUGGCUAAAGCCUAAUAAGUAGCAGAAUUAGAAGCAAAGUUAGAAGAAUAUGCUAGUGAAAUAAACAGAUUAAAAACUACUCAUAUUCAACCCUAAUUAUGUAAAAUACAGGCAUCAGAUGGAGGCUCAGAACCUCCUCCUAACCCAACUGACAAUAUUACAACAGUUUAAGCAGCUCCUUAAAAGGCUGCUCCACCACCUCCUCCUCCUCCACCUCCACCGCCACCUCCCCCUUCGGCAAAAUCUUAAGUUCCACCUCCACCACCACCUCCUCCCUCUGUUCCUAAAUCUACUAACAAUUCUGCACCUCCUCCACCGCCACCACCACCUCCUCCCCCAGGAGGCAAAACUGGAGCUCCACCUCCACCACCUCCUCCCCCUGGAGCUAAAGCUGGUGGUCCUCCUCCUCCACCUCCUCCACCUGGUGGAAAAGCUCCUCCUCUUCCUAAUGCAAAACCUGCUGUACCAACAAAACCUAAAUGUUAACCAACAGUGCCAAUGAAAGGAUUAAGUUGGAAUAUUUUAAAACCAGAUUAAAUUGGAAAUUCAGUAUUUUAAGGAAUGAAUGAGAAUGAAAUUAAAUUUGAUAUUAAAUCUUUAGAAGAGAAAUUCGCUUCUAAACCUGCAAAAUAAAUCCAAUAGAGUGUUGGUGCAAGCGAUAAAAAAAAAGAAGUUUAGAAAAUCAGUUUAUUGAGUGGGGAGAGAACAAAGAAUAUAGAGCUCAUAUUGGGUAAAUUAAGAAUGAGUAAUGAAAAAAUAAAGAAUGCUUUAUUAGAAUGCGAUAAAUCAACCUUGAAUUUAAAUGUGAUAGAAUCUUUAUUAAAUGUUGUUCCAACUGAUUAAGAAAGAUCUUUGUAUGCAAAUCCCGAAGAAUUAGAUAGGGAGAGUUUAUAAUUGUCUGAUCUAUUUUACUUAGAGUUGUGUUAGGUUCCAGCACAUGCAGAUAGAAUGUAGGCUAUUAGAGCUGAGUUUUUGGGAAUAGACAUGUGUAAGGAAUGCAGAGGAAAAUUAAAACAAUUAAAGAAGGGAUUUGAAUUUUAGAAGAAUGAUGAACCAUUCAAAUUAUUGAUAAAAUGCACAUUAGCCAUAGGUAAUUAUGUAAAUGGGGAUUCUGCUAGAGGUGGAGCCUUUGGGUUCAAAAUAGAUGCUAUAGCAAAAGCAGCAGAUAUAAAGAGUACAGAUGGAAAAGAAACAUUAUUAAUGAGUAUUGUUUAAGAGUGCGAAUAAAUUUAUGAAAAGCAAGGAAAGGGACCAUUUUUCUCAAAUGAUCGCAAUGAUCUUCUUGAAUUUAUGUGUAAAUUACCUAUUUCUUAGAUGAAUAUUGAUAUAAAUGAAAUAAAGAAAGUAUAGAAGUUUGUUUAGCUUGCAAUAAAGAGUUAAUCUAAGCAUCCUAAUGAUAAAGUAAGUAGAUUUGAAGAAUUGUCAUAAUAACUAUUAUUGGAAAUAACAGAUUUAUCUCAACUUUUAUCAACAUGUGAAUCAAUAUAUUCAGAUCUAUGUAUAUUUUAUUGUGAAAAUCCAAAAACUCUAUAGAGUGAUGCAUUUUUCUAAUCCAUCCAAUCAGUUUGGAAUAAUUGCAUUAGAUCCAAACAACAAAUAGAAAAGUUAUAAUAAUUAAAGAUCAAAGAAGAAUAAAGGAAUAAAUUAGAAUAACAGAAGAAACAACAGUAACCAAUUGCAAAUUAGGCCAAUAUGCAUGAAUCAUUGCCAAAAAGAGUGGGGGCAUUACAAUAGCUGUAAUAAUCUUUACCAAGUGAUGCAGUUAAUUAAUUAAGAAUGAUGAAAUAAAACAAAAAUGAAAACAACUGA